AUGGCUAGUCGUGCCCCUAGAAAAGCCAAGCCGACGGCAAAGGUGGAUACUGCUGUGUAUAAAGAGCUCAGUGAUAUCGCAAGGCUCGGUUAUUACAAUGAUUUGCAGCCAUUAGUCACAUUUAUCCAGAAUCUGGGAUUGAAGCGGACCUUAGACUUUAUCAAUAGCCGAAAUUCAGCUGAUGAUAUGAAACUAGUGUCUAAGACGGCGCAAUCUUUGGGUGACUUCUUGGCCAUAAUCAAUGUUUCUUUGUCCGAUGAAAGUACCGUGGAACAACAGGUCCAAAAUAGACUAGCGAUAGAAAGCGAAAAAGAUCGCAUUUCCGACUUUUACCGCGAAUUAUUUCUGCAUUUGCGUGUGUUCUACAAGGUGUUCGCCUCGAGAGAACCUCUCCAUGUGAACAGUGUAAUUCACCUUUUACUGGCCGUAGUGGAAUACAACGACUUCAAGGUAUUCAAUGAAUUCACCGACAGCUUCGACUUCCGUAGUACGGCAGUCCAUAAACUAUUUGAACCUACAAGGGAUGACUUUGACCGCAAAAUUAUCAGUGACUCGUCUAUGCGUGCUUCGUUCAUGGAAUUCUGGAUUCUCCUCUGCUCGCGCUGCAGCUCAGUCGUCAGAAAAGAUUUAUUGACGAACUACAAAUUAAUGGGUAGCUUCUGGAAAUAUCUCGAAAUGGAUAGAUUCGAGAUCCUUACAAAGGUCUUCAAGUUCCUCAAUGAUAAAGUUUUAAACGAACCCAUGUUUAUGAGAGCCACAAAAGCAAAGAUCUUAAACGAAAAUUGUUUGCUCCAUGUGAGGCCAUUAUUUGAAUUUUUGAAACCAGUAAACGAUCGUGAGUUUGAUAACGACGAUGAGGGUGAGUUCACAACAUUCAAAGACUUGUUCAACGAGUUCAUGGAUACUCUUGCAACAAGCAAAAACAAAGGUAUUUCUUUUCCCGAAAAUGAAUUUGGUGCCCCUCUCAUUAUUAACAAUGUCUCCUUCAAGAUCAAUAACAAAUUGCUCUAUGUCUUGCUUACUACCUUCAGACCAUGGGAUACCUACUUGCAAAUGCAGUUCGUAAUGAAGGUUCUCAACAGCAAUCCAGAGCUUCUUGCUCCUUAUAUGCAUUGGAUUGUUUCAAGCUCUGGCGGUUACCAUGAUCCUUCUUUAACUUCCUACUGGAUAGGACAUACCUUGCUUUAUACUGAGAUCCUCAAAUCACCACUGUUUCCAGCAAAAGUGGACAAUAUAUCUUUGUUUCCGCUCAACAGUUCCAUUCAAAGUGCUAUUUUGGAGUACCCAAAUGCUUUGGUCCAGCAAUUAGGACUUCAACUUAUCCUGUUGCAAUUGAAGAAGUUGUCUUCGAAAGGUGUUACACAAGCUGUCAUUGAAUCAGUAUUGAGUUCUCUUCCUCCGCAUAGUGCACUUGUACCAUUUUUACUGCAUGACAAUAAGUUCUUGAAAAUCACAGCUACCCAAAUUUUAACUCAAUGGGAGAAUAUCGCUCCGGGUUCUUCUUCUUCUGCAAUUGUUGCUAUCAUCAGCAAAAAGCUUCUCGAUUUUGAUUUUAACUCCUCCGCUUUUUCUGGAAUGGAAUUGGUGCUUUUGGAUAACUAUUUGUCCAUUCAAUCUAAUAACGACCUUAAAUGGUGGAACAAAACUGGUACAGAAAACUCUUUCUUUACCUCUUUGUUGAAAUUAUCGCAUUUGGACACUCUUCGACCAAAAAUUCUCAGAAUUCUUCAAAAGUUAACAAGAACUAGUCUCGCUUUCAAUCAAAGUCUGACCAUUGAAGACCCUUUGCUUAUUUUACUUGAUACUAUGCCACAAUCUAUACAAGAAGCAUCUGCGAAGAAGCUAUUCAAUUGCAUUGAUGAAACAAUCUCAAGAUCCAUUAAGACCCCUUACAAGUACUUGGACAAAAGUUCGGCAAACUAUGAGAAAUUGAGCAUUUUUGUGGUUGUCUUGUUUGAGCAACUCAAAUUUAUUCCAGAAUACAGCCAGGAGACAGCUAUUCACAAGUGGCUCAACAGUUUUGUACAGGGUCUCGUCAUCAUUGGCGAAUCGCAGAAUGGAAUCGAAAAAGCAGCAAAAGACAACGAGAUCGACAUCAAAAUCAAUUUGAAAUCCUUGAAUCUCAAAUCUAGGAUCAUGUCUAAAGUUGAUUUUGCUGAAACAUGCAUCAUUUUCAACAGAUAUUCCAAUCAGAAAAAUCACGAAACAAGUCUUUUUAAUGCAGCUACAAAAAUGGGACAAUUCUUAACAACUGCAUCAAAUGACGAUCCCCGUCUUAUUUCUUACGUCAUGACACCUUCUUUGUGGACGGUCUUUAGCCAACUAGGAAGUAAAACUUUAAACGAAGCUGAGCUAGUUUCCUGUUACUUACUAAGUGAGGUUCUUCUGUCUUGUGUCUUGAAGCCUGAAGUCACACCAAUGAGCAUCUUUAUAUAUGAGACUGCUCAGGCUCCUCUUGACUCCAAGUCUCAGUCUGUAAUUUCAAAGUUUUUGUUCCUUCUCUCGGACAGCCAAGUCGAAUCUUUGACCAAAUUGUUUGUCAAUGACGAAGUUACCGUGAAUGCUUUUAAGGAGGCGGUUAAAAGAAGCUUGCCUCUCAAACCAGACUACAAAUCCUUGAUGCAAAUAGAGUCCUCUGAGGUUGUUCAAAUUUUGCAAUCAAUUCCUUCAACAAGAGAGCAGCUCGAAAUCAUUGUUGGCUACCCACGUUUUGCUCACUUGUUUGAAGGGGCAUCACAAGACACCAUUGAUUUCCUUCUUCUUCAGGAUGACUUGAGUGAUGCUGUUUUGUACCAUGUGGCAUCUUCUUCCAGUGCAAUUUUCGAAAAGUAUAAAUCCAGAAUCGUUACUUUAGCCGAAUCACUCAAGAAUUGGAAACUCAGUUUAAAAAUUGUCGCCGCCCAACCAAAUGCUUUCGAUUGGAACAAGUUUGCUUCCAUCGCCUUCGAUCAUAUUAAAUCUGUUCCAAAAAAUGCCAUGAUUGCGGAAUUUGUGAAUUUUAUUGCAGCUGGUAUGAAGCACAGUCGCGCAAGUUUUGUUUCGCAAUUCUCCACAUGGAUUAAUAGGGCAAUGUUGUACAUCACAAAGAAGUUUGCGGAAUCGUCCACCCUCAGUGAUCUGUUUGUGGCCUUCAUCGAUUCAAUUGGUAACAUGUUCAAUGAGUCCAGCCUAUUCAAGGAAGUUUCUGUGGACAUUGCAGUGACUCAGUUUCAAGUCAUCUUGUCUCACACUGUCUGGGUCACGAACACAAAUUACCUUUCAUACUUGAACAAAAUUCUUCUUGUGGCUGGCUCAUCUAAGAUGAAUCCGGAGAAGCUUCUUCAGCUUUUUGUGGCCAACGAAAAAAUGGUUCUCCUCUCAUUCCCAACCCCAGAGACAGCCCUGGUUAGAUUUGAGUCCGCUUUGAUUAUUAAGACUUUAUUUGAGCUCAAUCCAAAAGCGUGCUCGACUCUUGCCCUAUUGGAGCGUCUCGUGAUGUUGUAUUUAGGGUCAACUCGUGUUGAGGAUGUUAUUCUCAAGUCUGUUCUCAUCUCCAUAGAAAAGAGAAUCUCGAAAAGUUGGGUCAACCUAGUUACUGGUUGGAAUUUCCUCAAUGAGGUUACAAAAGAAGAAGCGGAGCUUGUUGGAUCCGAAAGAUUGUUUAUCAAAGAUAAAAGCUCUCUUGUUGUUGUGUUGCAGAAAAAUUUUAUCAAAAAUACGAUCUACAACAUCAACGAAAAGCCUAUCUUUCCAAGUACCUCAAAUUAUUCUGAAGCGAAGUCACACGCAUCAAAUUAUCCUGUUUCUCAGUAUCAUGACACGAUAUACGACCCUGAGUUUUUGCUUCUUUUGAUCGUCAGUAAUGAUGAAUUGGUUACACACGCUGAUGAGAAUCUAACCGUUAAUAUAACCCUCUUGAUGGAGUCGGAGCUUCUUCGUUUUGUUGUCACAGCUUUGGCAAAUCCAAGAUGUAAACCAAUCUGCACAGUGAUACUCCAUGGAGUAUUGAAGUUCUUGCAGUCUCAAGGAACUUCUAUAAAGGACAAACUCAUUCAGACCAUUUAUGUUUCCUCCAUCUUGCAUACUAUUCGAGUUGCUGACCAUCUGACUCCUAUUGUAUGGUAUAUCAUUGGCAGUUUCUCGAGUAUUUUGGCAAAUCCCGGCCAUCAAUUGUAUGAGUUGACCUACCAAUACCUUUCAUCGCAUCCAGUAUUCAAACAGUAUGAUUUGCCAUUGUACCUUGUUAUAUCUACUGGCGCUUUCAAUAGUGAAGAGGCAGAGGGUGAAGUCUACUUCAAACAAGUCCACUGGAUGGUGGAUGAACUUCGUAGGGGAAUCUCAAGCGAAGAGGAUUUGAAAGCUCUUCAUUAUAAAAGAGUUUUGGACUGGGUUUUGGACCUUCUUCAUUGUAAAUAUGUGACCACCAAUCUCAGAAACAAGAUCUUGAACUUGGUUUAUGUCAUUCAGACGGUUGACGCAUACGGCCCUGAUUUAUUGGUGGCUCAGAGUGGUACCCUUUCAACACUUCAUGCUCUCAAGCAGUCGAUUGAGAAAGACACACUUGCAGACAUGCAACUGAAACUCAACAUCGAUGAAAUUGCUCUUCGUUUUGCCAUUGCAGGUUCUCGAAAGAGACUUGCUGAGUUUACUCUGAACGAUGUUGCAGCUGCCGCCAAACGGAUUCAUCUUGCAUAA